CUCUUCAUACAUCGACAUGGCUUCCUUCUUCCACAUCGUCUUCGUCGGCGCCAUCCUCGCCGCUAUCGGGGCCGCCAGCUGGUUCCUCUUCCCCAAGGGACAGAACCAAACACUCCUCCGAACCAGCACCCUCCUCACGCUUACUGCUUGCUACCUCAUGUGGGCGAUCACUUACUUGGCACAACUACACCCCCUCAUAAGUAGGUCUCCAACGAUGCCUUUGGCCUUUCACCUUUACAUUGCCGCACACGUACUGAUCUAUUUCAGACCCUCGGCGCUCUGAUCUGAGACAGGAAUAUUAGGAGAACAAGAGACCCGGCAAAUGCAUUGUUGUACAGGA